CCGCGCGCGUUUGUUUGUCGCUUCAUUUAUAGACAUUCAAAAAAUUUCAAGUUUCAAACGCCAAACUAAUAGUAUUUUAAUAAUAAAUAUAAUUAAUAAGAUAGUCAUAUACCUUAAGUUUGCGUGAAAUACUAAUAUUUAUGUUUCAAGUCUGAUGCCAACAGCUAAGUAAUCAUGGAAAUCAACGAAGGCAAUACCACAGACGAUCUGUGGACGCCCUACAAAGAGUUGGUGUCUGUAGUGGAGAGUUAUCUUACACAUGAGAGUGGUGGGGCCCUUUAUGCUGUACACACCUUUGAGUCAGUUCUUAGAAGACACAAGCAAACAUUUCUAGCUUUAUUUAAGAAUCCACCAAAAAACCUGGCAAGCAGGGAGGAACUAAAGAGGGGUAUGACUGAAGGUAUCACACUGCCUAGCAUAGGGAGGACCAUCAUAUCUAAAGAACUUGUGGAUGAAGCUAUCAUUAUAUCAGAUAUGUUCAAUGUGAAUGAAUACCUUGCAUUAGAGCUGCUUCAUACAGCACAGCGACAGUUACCACGUCACCCUGGUCUGCCACGAGGCCUUGUGGCCGUUUUGCUGUACUAUGAUGGACGUAGAGCACUUGUGCAGGCAUUAAAAGAACUAUGCAUGGCCAGAGAAGGUGUUUGUUGGUCAAUAUCGGCACGUGCGGAGGUAGUGUGGUACGUGAGCCGCUACGUGGAGCAGGCGUGCAGUGGGGGGCUGGGUGCGGGCGUGCUGGACGCGUUGCCGCGCUGCGACGUGCGGGCCACGCUCGACCUGCUGCACGCGCACCGCGCCGCGCCCCCGCAUCCCCACCUCGCCAGGCUGUGCGCCACCCUCAAUGAUACUAGGAAACUAUUGGCAAGUGUGCUGUUUACUUUAUCAGCACAACGUGGACUGGAAAGAGACUUACUACUUCGAAUACUGUCAGAACAAAGCACAUCCCCAUCCCUCGGUCCCACCGGUGCUUUAGAUGAAGUCUCUCUCGCGCUACACAUGGCGCUGUUGUACGCUUUGGACUUGUCGGUAUUGCACAGACGAGAAGACGGCGAGGAACUAGCAAAGAAGCUGCCAUUGAUCCAAGAUCCGGAACUAAUAUCGGUGCUGGUGGAGGAGCUGAGCCCGCAGCAGCCGGCGGCGGGCGGCGCGCGUGCGCUGUGCCAGCUCGCGCUCGGCCUCGCGCUGGCCGCCCUCAAGCGGGCCCCCGCGCCGCACUGCCCCGCGCCCGACCUGCUCGACCACGACGAGACGCUGGUCGACGCUGCCAUCGACGCCAAGGUGUUCGAGUACCUGGACGAGGCGAUACUCUCGACAGAUUACGUGGCCAAAGAGGAGUAUUACCAGCGCCGCAUACACUCGCUCAUCACCGACUUCAUAGUGUUGAUGCACUCCAAGCUGAUGGAGAUGAGAGUCAAGGCGGACGAGGCGGCGCGCUCGGUGCAGGCGUACGCGCUGGAGGGGCUGGCGGCGCCGGGCGGCUCGCGCACGCGCCUGGACGCGCUGCUGCGCUGCGUGCGCCGCCUGUACGCGCGCGACCCGCACCGCCUGCGCGACGACUACUGGCAGCCGUGCCGCCCCGCGCACCAGCCGCGUUGGGGCGGACGCGCGGCCUCGCUGUACAAGUUCGUGCGGGGCGCCGCCUCCAGCGCGGCGCUGCAGGCCAUGGCCUCGCUCGCCGUCUGCACGCACACCUGGGCGCUGCUCUCCCGCCGCGACGCGCUCUCCGCGCACCACAUGCUGCUCGCACUCGCCAGAUACCACUCGAACCUGCGCACGGACCACGCGCCGUUCUCGGACGCGCUACACUCCUCGUCGCUGGGAGCCACGGCAAUCGUCACUCCGGCAGCCAGGCCGGGGAAACUGCUCAUCCGACAGGAAGAGGUGGAGGCGAUGAUAGCGGCGCUGCAGCUGCUGGCGGGGGUGGCGCGCGAGGACCAGGCCGCGGCCGCCGCCAUCUGCGAGAACCUGCAGUGGGACGCCGUCAACAACAUGUUCGGGCUGAUGUGCUGCCACAUACCGCUGCAGCUGAAGGCGGAGCUGUGCCUGACGCUGGCGGCGCUGGGCGGCUGGCCCUGCACCGCGCCGCGCCUGUGGGCCGGGCUGGAGGCCGCCCGCCUCGUCUCCCUCACCAACGACAAGCGGGCGCUCAACGCUGAACUGCAGGAGGUGGAGUGCCGCAUCGAGGAGUACCCGCUGUCGCGCGCCUUCCUGUCGCUGCUGCAGUCGCUGAGCGCGGCGCCCCCGCCCCGCACGCUGGCGGCCGGCGUGGAGCCCUACGUGCAGCACGCGCUGCUGCGCCUCGCGCUGCCGGCGCCGCACCGCCCCUACGCCCGCCCGCACGAGAAGUGGCAGAUCCUAUCCCAAUGCUUCCGGCUGUUCGGCACGUGGCUGGAGCAGUACACCCCCUCCCCCGCAGACUUCCCCUCCGCGGGCGGAGACGCGGAGUGUCCGGCGCCGCCCGGCUUCAGGAUCCUGCUGCAGCUGCACACCAAGUCCGAGCUGCUGCGGCUGCUGCUCUCCUCGCUCGACCAAACCUACGAACUGCUCGAGAAGCAGCCUGGAUCUGCGAAUGAGUACGUGGAGCAGUGCCUCAUUAGCGUCCUGGAGAUGCUGGAGCGCGCGCUCGCCCUCGAGCGGGAGCUGGGCGCGGCCGCGCUGGAGGCGGGGAAAUCUGUCAUUAUCAUCGGACUCUCCAAACUUAUACUCGAGUCUGAGAGCGCGGAGAGCGGCUGCCGCCUGCUGGCGUGCUGCCGCGUGGCGGGGCUGGCCGGCGCCGCGCCGCUGGCCGCCAGCCGCGCCGUACAGCUGCUGUGUCGCGCCGCGCUGCAGCCGCCCGCCGCGCGACACGUGCUCGCCGCCGCCACGCGCACGCCCGCACUCGCCGCGCAGAUCCGACACGGGUUCGUGGAGUGCUUGGAAGCGGAGGAGUGGAGGAGCGGGGGCGGCGGGGAGGACGCCGCGCUGCGCCGCGCCAAGGAGGGCGUCCUCUCGCUGCUGCACCACGUGCUGCCCGCGGCCCCUCCCAACUUCGCGCACUUCCUACUGGGAUACCAGCUCACUGAAGACAUAUCCCGGAGUGCCAUCCACGAGCCGGGAGUGGCGGGCUUCCCCCGGACCUGCCUGCACUCCAUACUGGACCUGCUGGACCAGCACAUUGCCGGACACUCCCCUAACAGAGAAGCGACCGACUUAGUCGAGAGCUGCUAUCGCCUGGUGUACCGGCUGUGCGCGAGGCCGAACACCUCAGCACCGACGCUGCGCUUCCUGAGGUCCAGGGACUACUUCCUGUGCAGACACGUCAAGCACAAUGUGGAUCUCAAGAGUGCGUCGCCCGUGACCGUGUCGGCGCGCUCGUGGGUGCUGCGUGCGUGCGCGUGCGCGGCGGGCGCGGCGGCGGGCGCGGGUCAGCACGCCGCGCUGGCCGCGCUGCUGGCCGCGCUCACGGGCCGCAGCGCCGCCGCCGCGCCGCCCGCGCAGGACUGGGAGUGGUGCCUGCUGCGCCGCACGCUGGAGGAGCUGCCGGUCGCCGUGCAGGAGGUGCGCGAGCCGCGCUGGGAACUGUUCCACGCGCAGCAGCUGCGACAGGCCAUCGCAUCCUGUGACCUGCCCACAGGUGGGGGCGGGCGGCGCGUGAGCGUGUCGCGGGUGCACGCGCUGCUGGCGCGCGAGCUGGCCGCGCUCAACGCUACGGCGCCGCAGAGGAACCUCGUCAAACUAGAAAUACAAAAGGUUUUAGACUACGUAACGGAGGUGAACCGCCAGCGCAACCUCGCCGCCACGCUCACCCACUACUACGACUCGUGGCGCCAGCUCACAGAGAUGCUGUUCUGUGUAGCUCCUCACGACAUUCUCAACCUCGAAGCCAGAAAGAACUUGCUGCUCAAUAUCCUACAGGACCUACUCAACAAGAUACCACCCGACGAGGUCCUGCCGCAACUCGGCAACCUGGCCUCGGGCACCGUGCUGCUGCUGAUGGUCAAUCUGCGCCACUGCUACAUCUUACAGAAGCGGGAAUCGAACCUCGCGUCCUCAGAAUUCGAGACUUCAUUCUUCGGGCCGUCAAAUCAGAUCAUGCAAACGAAUUCGUUAACGUUAAAAUUCAUACUAAACAAAAUAUUGAGCUGGAUACUGGUGUCAGGCGGGGCUAGUCAGAAUAUGCGGGUCAAUCUGUACGGAGCCCUGCUCAACUACUUGAACAUAGUGAACCUCAAGCCCAGUCCAGCGGAGCCCGAGCAAGAAUUGAACGACACGUACGUCAGCAGGCUCGACAGUUCCAAAGCGAAGGAGAAGAGCGAAGAUUCGUCUCUGAAAGCCAUGGUGGUGGAUGUGAUCAGUGAAUUCGGCGAGAACUUGUGUGCGAUAGUGUGCGGCGACUGUAUAAGUGCGGGGCAGGACGUGUGCAGGAUGGUGGCGCUGGCCUGCCUGGAGACGCUCAUUGAAAUCAAUCCUCGGACUGACUGGAUGAAUGUACUCAUCAAUCAAGGCUAUUUGAGGAGUUUGAUCGACAGUCUGCUGCAAGACGAUGAAGGCCUAAAGGAGGCUCUUGAACCGAACCCAAAGUCACUCCGAGUGUUAUACGUGUACGAAUCGAAGAUGGCGCUGCUGAUCAAGAUGGCGGGCACUCGAGUGGGCGCCGAGACGCUGCUGUCCCAGGGCGCGCUGUCCACCGUCGCCAACCUGCAGGCCCUGGACUGCCACCCCGACGUGCACACCGGCUACGAGCAGCACCCCGACACUGACUUCAUACCGUCGGUCGCCAAAAGGUUCCGCCAGAUGUUGGUGCCGGCGCUGUCGCUGAGCUCCGCCCUGCUGAGCGCGCUCGGCGCCCGCAACCACAGCUGCGUAGUGCUCGUCAUGCACGCGCUGCUGGCGCACCGCAACACCGUCGAGCUCGUGCUGAGAGCUGCUCACCCGAGCUCGUCCCCCGGGCUGCUGGUGGAGGUGGAGGCGGUGACGUCAGUGGUGUCCCGGGCGUCGUCCCGUGACCUGCUGGAGCAGCUCCCGGCGGCGGCCGCGCUGCGCCCCCUCAUGCUGCAGCUCCUCACGCGCUUCCACACCCACCAGCUCCGACCGGACGACGACGACGACUCGCAGGCGAACCUGCUGUAUUACAAGAUCGUGUGCAACCUGCUGACGUACGGGCGCAACAUGAUGUCGCUGGACGCGGGGCGCGAGGCGGCGGCGUGGGGGGCGGCGGCGCCGUGGGGGGGCGCGGAGCCGUGGGGUGGCGUGGCGGCGUGCGGCUGCCUGUUGCGGCUGCUGCAGCUGGGCGUGGCGCGCGUGCAGCACCACGACAAGCUGCUGGCCACCGCGCACCACCAGCUGCACGCGCUGCCGACGAUGACUCUGGACGAGAUGCAGAAGCUGGUCCCCGGCGAGAGCUCGGCGCGCGCGGCGCGGGCGGGCGCGGGGCGGAUGGCGCGUAACGGAAAAAUGUGACGCGUAACCGAAAAAUGUGACGGUAAAUUUUUUUCCAACGCCGAUAAGGAAGUUUCACUUCAAAAAAGCGUUUUACGAAUAUUGUAUUUAAAGUAUUGAGCGUUGCGUCGUCCCACAGAGCGGCUGGAGGCGGCGGCGGCGCGGCGCGGGGCGGGCGGCGCCGAGCUGCCCGAGCUCAAGAAGGAGCUGGUCGCCGUCUUCAACGACAGGUUCACGGACCAGCUGCUCGACGUCGCCAAGAACCAGCCGGCGAUGAACAGGAACUUCUUGGAGGUGCUGGUGAAGGACAUCAAGAGCAUGGUGCAGUUCUCGCCGCUGUGAGGCCGCCGUGAGGCCGCGCCAGAGGAACCUUUGUAUCUACGAUCAAUAAAUUAAUUUUUGUACGUA